AUGGAGGCAGCCAACAAGAAUAUCAAAAAGAUUCUCAGAAGGAUAAUUCAAGGCACUAGACAAUGGCAUGAGAAGCUGCCUUUUGCACUUUUGGGAUAUCGCACAACAGUGCGCACCUCGAUUGGUGCAAAUUUUUGGAUGUAUGGAACUGAGGCUGUGAUUCCAGCGGAUGUUGAAAUUCCAUCUCUUCGAAUUAUUGUCGAGGCUGAAAUUGAAGAUACUGAAUGGGUCAAAACCCGAAUAGAGCAACUCGCAUUAAUAGACGAGAAACGAUUGACGAUUGUCUGUUUUGGUCAGCUUUAUCAGCAAAGGAUGGAUCGUGCAUACAACAAAAAGGUUCACCUAAGACACAUUGAAGUAGGUCAACUGGUCUUAAAGCGCAUUCUCCCGCACCAAGAAGAAGCCAAGGGAAAGUUUGCCCCAAAUUGGCAAGGUCCAUAUCUUAUCAAGGAAGUAUUGUCCAAAGAAGCCCUGCACCUUACUGAUGUGGAAGGAAAAAUCACGGGCAUAAUUGUUAAUGCAGAUUUAGUCAAAAGAUACUACAUCUAA